AAUGUCAUUGAAAUAAAGCUGAACUAUUGAACAAGAUGAUUAGUGCAAAUUAGUUUGUGAGCCUCUCUUUCUCAGUCUCUAUAGAGGAAAGAAAUGGAUGAAAUAGAGCACAAGUUCGUAGAAGUCAACGGGCUAAAAAUCCACCUAGCUGAGAUUGGAAGUGGGUCGGAUCAGGUGGUGUUGUUUUUGCACGGGUUCCCUGAGAUAUGGUACUCGUGGCGGCACCAGAUGGUGGCGGUGGCCAAAGCCGGGUACAGAGCCAUUUCGCUCGAUUACAGAGGCUAUGGGCUCUCGGAUCCGCCCCUCCAGCCCGAGAACACCUCCUUCCUUGACCUUGUCAAUGACCUCGCCGCUCUUCUUGAUGCUCUUGCUAUUCCGAAUGAUAACAAGGUCCCAUCUUUUCUCACCCAUUUCUUUCGUAUCUGUUUCUCCCAUUAAACCAUGUUCCUUUUCUUCUAAAAAUCAUUUCAAUUGUGAAAGUUUUGCUCAAUAUGGUGUCCAUAGAAUAGAUAUAAAGUGAAAAUUGAGGUAAAAUGUUAUUUUGAUUUCGAAAACUGUCCAGGCACCUCCUUGAAUUAUAGUGUUGACAGUUUAACACUUUAUUGAACUUCAUAGAAUACUCAUUUUGAUCUCAGCGCAAGCAGUACUUCUCCCUUCUAAAAAACAAGUAAGGGCGGUUUAUGUUCAAUUUACGGGCUUAACUAGAAUUUUUCAUCUAUUAACUAUUAAGUCAGGUUUAUUUAUGACUUAAAUGAAAACACGACUUUAUCACGGAGUAUAUAAAUUGAACAUAGUUGUAGUUACUAAAAGGCACUGUGUCAUUUUUCGUCCACCGUGAUUACUUUAGUCAUAUAUUAGCAAUUGUUUCUAAAUAAUAUUGGUACACUAUAUUGAUUUUAUAUCAAAGAUAAUUGUUUCGGAUUUUUACCGAUCGGUCAGGGGUAUAGAUUUUAAGGACCGUUACUGGGCCCAAAUUUUCAAUUUUAGUCCGGGUAUUUUAUUUGGCUCGUUAAAAAGAAAAACCCCUAAACACUAGCAUCUUUCAAGCCGGGUCAAGGUUGGUUCUGGGUUUCAAUUCGGUUUUUCCGACCCCUAUUUUUAAGGUCAUUUUUAGUUGGAUUGAAACUUUCUGGUCUGAUCUCAUUAUGUUUGGUCAGGAGAAAGUCUAUUUUAUGUGUACUUAACUAUUGACUAAAUCUGGUCCAACUAAUUGUUUAUUACGGUCUGGAACGAUCUGGUCUAAGAUGACAAUGAAUUUAACUAAAACAUCAUAAGUGGCAACAAACGUCUAGAAUAGGCUAACCAAAGCCUCUUUUCGUCUUUUAAAAUAUUGGUUUUUUGUAUUAAAAUAUUAAGUAACAUUGUCAGUGAUUAUACUCGUUACUCGUUAUGACGAUUAUGAUUUAGGUAAAGUUUUUCCGUUGCGUAAUAGACUGUUAUGGGUAGGCACAUUACUCAACGGGCAGGUACAAUUAUAUGCAUAACAAUCCCUCUCUAGACCCAUUUGUUUCGGUGUUUUCAUUUCUGGGAAUAAGUUCAGCUUGUAGAGAUUGGAUCAUGUUGAAUAGAUUAUUUAAGCUAAAUAAUCUAAGUAUAUAUGCUUUUAAUGAAUUGAUUAAAAUGUUUUUAUAAAAUAAUAUCAUUUCUAUUCCUUUUGGCAAAAAAGUGGCAUUCAAAUGGAUCAGCAACAACAACAUCCAAGUGUUAGAGCUCAUUUGGUUACCAUGUGUUUUGAGUUUUCAGACUUAUCAGCCAACUUUUUUAAUAAACACGUAAAUUUGGUUUUCGCGUUGAAUUGUGUAAUAAACAAAUUAAGUAAUGUUGAAGUUACUUUUCUAGUUGAAUUGACUUGACUGUAGUUAUUGUAGACAAUAUUUUAGCUAUUUUUUGACAUAUAAUUUUUCAUUUGUUUUAUUAAUGAAAUAUAUUUAAAAUAUAUAUUUUCAUAGUUCAACAAAUUCAAUCAAUUCAGGUACAUUAGUCAGAACUUCAUCAAUUUCAGCAUUCUACCGAUUCAGCCAAUAUCAAUGUUACAAAACAGGCUCUUAGUCCCAAAAGAUUUUUGAAUCGGGUAAAAUGAAUUGAUACAUGAUAUGAGAGGCAAAAACACAAUUUCAUAUAUAUUAACGCUUGAGAGAAAAUAUGGUAGAGGUGAUUUUGCUUGAGGGAAAUUUAGUAUAUUCAACCAUGUUAAGGAUGUUUCUAUUUUCAAAUAAGCCCUAAAUGUCUAAACUUAUGUCUACAUAUGCUUCUUGUUUGUGGUGUUGUUACAAGACUUGUCUCACAAGAACAUAAGCAUUUAGGUUUUCUUGAUUGGUAAAGAUUUUGGAUCCGCUGUUCUGUCUUACUUCUGCCUUCUCCAUGGGGAGAGGGUAGCCGGAUGUGUUACAUUGGACGUUCCAUUCAUGAUUUUACGAGGUUCGACAUAUACAGAUAAGCUGCCUGAAGGCUUCUACAUUUCAAGAUGGAAGGUAGGCUGCUUGUUUCUUUCCCCUGUAUCUUUGGAAAAAUCAUAUCCAGAAGCUCUUAACUGGCGUUCUUUAAGGAGCCGGGGCGAGCUGAAGCUGACUUUGGCCGAUUUGAUGCCAAAACUGUCGUGAAGAACGUCUACAUCCUUUUCUCCCGGAGUGAAAUACCGAUUGCGAAUGAGAAACAGGAGAUCAUGGACAUGGUGGACCCAUCUACUCCUCUACCUCCUUGGUUUACUGAACAAGACUUGGCAACCUAUGGAGAGCUGUAUGAGAAAUCUGGGUUCCGAACUGCAUUGAAGGUUCCUUAUAGGUCACUUGGUGAAAAACAGAUUGACCUGCCAGCUGACUCAAGAAUUAAAGCUCCAGCAUUGUUCAUUGCGGGGAAGAAGGAUUACUUCAUGAAAUUCCCUGGGGUGGAAGAGUACAUAAGUGGUGGGAUGUUGGAAGCUUUUGUGCCCAAUGUGGAUAUAAUCUAUAUUCCUGAAGGGAGUCAUUUUCUUCAAGAGCAAUUUCCUGAUGAGGUGAAUCAGCUUAUCCUCAAGUUUCUCCACACCCACAAGUAGAAUGCACCCCACAGUCACAUGCUGCUAUGAUGUACGAUAGUAUUUUAUUAGAGGUUGGGCCUUCGAUUACUUAAAAAUUUGUGUCUUGGAAGUUGGACAAUAUCAUCUAAGGUUUAGUUCAAUGUAUACAUAACAUGCUCUAUGCAACAUAAUUACGUGGUACCAAUGUACCAUUUAUACAUCUGUGGACAAUGUCUUGCGAUGGUUUUCUUGUGAAACAUAAAUAAAAGGCUUGUAAUCUAUACUCUU